ACACUGUAGGCAUCGUAUGAGGCGUUCUGUUGACAAGUUCCAAGCGACUGUUUCUAUACAUACAUUAUACGUCUAUAUCUACCGGCCGGCGUUCGUAAUCCCACCAGUGUUAGUUUGCCCACCAAGCCGGUAGCACCACAGACUCACAAAACCAGUUAGACAUGCCGAAAUACGUGUUCCACUACUUUAAUGGCAAGGGUUUGGGAGAGCCAGUGCGUCUGCUGCUGGCUUUCGGAGAUGAAGGGUUUGAAGACCACCGAGUAGCCUUCAACGACUGGCCGGAGUUCAAGCCAAAGACCCCCUUCGGUCAGAUGCCACUCCUGGAGUUUGACGGCAAACAGUACGCCCAGAGUCUGUCCCUCGCUCGCUACCUCGGCAAGAAGUACGGCCUGGCGGGAGAGUCCCUCGAGGAUGCACUGGAGAUCGACCAGAACGUCGACCUCAUCAACGACCUUCGUGCGAAGGCUGCAAUUGCAUCGUACGAGAAGGAUGAGGCUGUGAAGGAGAAGAAGUAUGCCGAGUUCAACAAGGAUGUGUUCCCCAACUUGCUGGAGAAACUGAACGAGAUCAUCACUAAGAACAACGGCCACAUCGCUCUUGGAAAGCUGACCUGGGGAGACUUCGUGUUCGCGGGUAUGUUCGACUACAUCAAGCACUUGCUGGUCGUGCCUGACUUGGAGAAGAAGUACCCAGCAUUCCAGAAGGUCGUUGACGCCGUGUACACCAUACCCAAGGUGAAGACCUACGCUGAUGCUGUAGGGCCCACGGAGUUCUAAGUUUAAGACUAAAGAGAUUGCAUUUUAUUCGAUGGCUGCUUGUUGGCGUGAAUUUAUUUUACUGCACCGUCUGAAGAAUAUAAUAAUGUACCAAGAUUUGAGUUGUUGAGAAGAGACAGGGUCUUGUCAUUCGGUACAAAUGUAUUAAUUUCGAUCUAUGUGCAGCACGGUUCCGAUUGUUGUAAUGUUUAAUGUUAUAGUUUAAGCACUCGUAUAUUAUUUUUAAUUAAAUAACUAAGAAUUUUA